AUGGACAGCGGCGCGCUGCCCGGGCCCGCGCCCUCCGUGCCUGGCGUCUCGCGCGGCUGCGUCCCUCGGCGGCGACCCACAUCCCCAGAGCUGCUGCGCUGCAGCCGGCGGCGACGGCCGGGCGCGACGGAGAGCGGGGGUGGCGCGGCGGCCGUGGCGCGGCGCAAUGAACGCGAGCGCAACCGCGUGAAGCUGGUGAACUUGGGGUUCCAGGCGCUGCGGCAGCACGUGCCGCACGGCGGCGCCAGCAAGAAGCUGAGUAAGGUGGAGACGCUGCGCUCGGCGGUGGAGUACAUACGCGCGCUGCAGCGCCUGCUGGCCGAGCACGAUGCAGUGCGUGCCGCGUUGGCCGAGGGGCUGCUGGCGCCAGCCGCGCGCCCCUCCGCGUCCUGCGGGCCCCCGGGGACCCCUGCCGCCGCCCUAGGCUCGCCUUCUUGCGCUUCGUCGUCCCCGGGCGGCGGGGGCAGCUCGGAACCCGGCUCGCCGCGCUCCGCCUACUCCUCGGACGACAGCGGCUGCGAGGGCGCGCUCAGCCCCGUGGCGCGCGAGCUGCUCGACUUCUCCAGCUGGUUAGGGGGCUACUGAGCGCCCCGCCCGCCCCCCCGAGCAGCAGCCCUGGACUCCGAGCGGCCAGCAAGUCACCCCCUGGGAGCCAGGUGGUGGCCCGCGCCUCGGGCCCACUGUCCCCGCGGGCGAAGCCACACCGAGCCAGGACUCCGCCGACAGGUUGCCUGUGCCGUCCAGCCUGACCAAGUGCACAUGUGGAAAGGGUCCCCGCCUGACCCCGCCCAGCUGGCAGCUUCCUCAGACCCCCACCAUCCUACCCAGGGAGGUUCUCCACUGGGAUCGGGCUGGGGCACCACCACGGAGGUUUCUGGAGGGGACAGGAUUUUAUAACUACACAGAACUUCUCUGUUGUGCAUAUUAGUUUGAGCUGCCCAGGAACACUCGCCAUAUGAAGACUUAUUUUUGUACCAAAAAAAAAAAAAAUCCCCAGACUUGGAACACAAUAAAGAUGUCUACUCCCGCCCCACCCCACCACUGGAAUUUUCCAACCAGGCCAAGAUCUGGACACCCGCUGCCCCUGAGGGGCUGU